GACGUCAGCUCGCGACGAAAAUAGAGAGGGAUCGCCUGCAAAUCCCCCGCUCCGGCGGGGCUAAACCUUGCAAUCCCUCCCCGGCCGGCGCGGAGCCAGGGCGCAGCGGCCUCCACCGCCUCCCCCGGCGCGCACACACCCCCGCACCCCCGCGCACGCACGCACACACUCCCCUGCACACCCACGGCACACGCACUCGCCGCCCUCCCCUGCCGCCGUCCUCCGAGCCCGCGCUCCGCCGCUCGCCCAGCGGUAAGCCCCGCAGCAAAUACAGGUGGCAGCGGCGGCACGUCGUCCCUGCGCGCCCUCCCGCAGCCCGGGGGACGGCGCUCUCUCGGGGAAGCCCCCCUCUGAGGUCCCCCCCAACGUCCCCCCGAGCGCCCAGCCAAGCCCCAGCGAGGCCGGCGGAGGGAGAGCAGCACGCGCGCGGUGCCGAGCGGGGACGCGGCUUAGCUCCGGCUGGAGCCUCCUGCGCCCGUUGAGGCGCUAAAGGGCUUACCCAGGAGGCGGGUGGAAGGGCGGGGAGAGGCUCCCCCUUAAAUACCGCGCUCGGCCACACUCGCGCGCUCACCCCGGCACCCGCUCACUUCUCGCCCGCCGCUGCCGGAUUGUGCCGAAGAGGAGGGGGCGUUCCCCAGGCCAUGGCAUCCACAGAAGGUGCCAACAACAUGCCCAAGCAGGUGGAAGUACGGAUGCACGACAGCCACCUCAGCUCGGAGGAGCUGAAGCCCCGGCAUCUGGGGCUGCGCUUGUGUGACAAGCUGGGGAAGAAUCUCCUGCUCACGCUGACCGUGUUCGGUGUCAUCCUGGGGGCAGUAUGUGGAGGGCUUCUUCGCUUGGCAUCUCCUAUCCACCCUGAUGUGGUUAUGUUAAUAGCCUUCCCAGGGGAUAUACUCAUGAGGAUGCUAAAGAUGCUCAUUCUGCCUCUAAUCAUCUCCAGUUUAAUCACAGGGUUGUCAGGCCUGGAUGCUAAAGCCAGUGGCCGCUUAGGCACGAGAGCUAUGGUAUAUUACAUGUCCACGACCAUCAUCGCUGCGGUGCUGGGGGUCAUCCUGGUCUUGGCUAUCCACCCGGGGAACCCCAAACUCAAGAAGCAGCUGGGGCCUGGCCAGAAGAACGAUGAAGUGUCCAGCCUGGAUGCCUUUCUGGACCUUAUUCGAAAUCUCUUCCCUGAAAACCUUGUCCAAGCCUGUUUUCAGCAGAUUCAAACAGUGACAAAGAAAGUCCUGGUGGCCCCUCCAUCAGACGAGGACAGCAACGCCACCAAUGCUGUCCUCUCGCUGUUGAAUGAGACUGUGACUGAGCUGCCUGAGGAGACGCAGGUGGUUAUCAAGAAGGGCCUGGAGUUCAAGGACGGCAUGAAUGUCUUAGGUCUGAUAGGGUUUUUCAUUGCUUUUGGCAUUGCCAUGGGGAAGAUGGGCGAGCAGGCCAAGCUGAUGGUGGAAUUCUUCAACAUUUUGAAUGAGAUUGUAAUGAAGCUAGUGAUCAUGAUCAUGUGGUACUCUCCCCUGGGUAUCGCCUGCCUAAUUUGUGGGAAGAUCAUUGCGAUCAAGGACUUAGAAGUGGUUGCUAGACAACUGGGGAUGUACAUGGUCACGGUCAUUGUCGGCCUCAUCAUCCAUGGGGGCAUCUUUCUCCCCUUGAUUUACUUUCUAGUGACCAGGAAAAACCCUUUCUCCUUUUUUGCUGGAAUUUUCCAAGCUUGGAUCACUGCCCUGGGUACCGCUUCCAGUGCCGGAACUUUGCCCGUCACCUUCCGUUGCCUGGAAGAAAAUCUGGGGAUUGAUAAGCGUGUAACCCGAUUUGUCCUACCAGUUGGAGCAACCAUUAACAUGGACGGUACAGCCCUUUAUGAAGCCGUGGCCGCCAUCUUUAUAGCCCAGAUGAAUGGCGUCAUCCUCGAUGGAGGCCAGAUUGUGACUGUAAGCCUCACGGCCACGCUGGCCAGCGUUGGUGCAGCCAGUAUCCCCAGUGCUGGGCUCGUCACCAUGCUCCUCAUUCUGACGGCUGUGGGCUUGCCGACCGAGGACAUCAGCCUGCUGGUGGCCGUGGACUGGCUGCUGGACAGGAUGAGAACAUCCGUCAAUGUUGUGGGAGACUCUUUUGGGGCUGGGAUUGUCUAUCACCUCUCCAAGUCUGAGCUGGACACCAUUGACUCCCAGCACCGAGUGCAUGAAGAUAUUGAAAUGACCAAGACUCAGUCCAUUUAUGAUGACAUGAAGAACCACAGGGAAAACAACUCCAACCAAUGUGUCUAUGCUGCACACAACUCUGUCAUAGUAGAUGAGUGCAAGGUAACUCUGGCAGCCAACGGAAAGUCAGCUGACUGCAGUGUUGACGAAGAACCUUGGAAACGUGAAAAAUAAGGAUAUGACUGUCAGCAAAUUCUUGAAUAAACUCCCCAGCGUAUCUUAUGGUAAAAGAGGAUAUAAACAAGCUUUCCUUAAAAA